AUGUCACUCACUGCUUUUGUUAACUUCCCCUCGGAAUACACGCAAGCUGCUGUGAUUAGAGGAUUCAAGAAAUAUCUACCGGAUGUUCUUCUUAUUACAGAUAAGCCUACGGAGAAGUUACAGAUACAGUAUGCAGAUUACGACUUGAUUGAAUUCGAUUGGCUGAUGCAAGAUACAAGUAACUGUAUUGGUUCUAGUUAUUGUUUCCGCAAAGCUCUUACGCGUAAAAACUUUCUUCAUCAAACUAUCGAGGCUUACUUGGCUAAGAUGGAGCAUAGACUGUCUGUAAAUGCCGUCGAUCGUUCCGAAGAAGCCAAUGUGGAUUUAUUGCGCAAUGCGAUGCCAAAAUGCUGGACAAUAGAUGUCGCUCAUUCGGAGGAUCUUGAUGAGGUGCUAAUGGAUGAGCUCUACGAUCUUCGUGAAAAGUUGUCCCAAGAGGGCGAUCAUUGGUUCAUUCUCAAGCCUGCAAUGGCUGAUCGUGCCAAUGGUAUCAGGCUCUUCAACAGUGAAGACAGUCUUCGUGAAAUUUUUGCAGAAUUCGAUAGUGAUUCAGAAGAUGAAGGGGAAGAUGAAGAUGACGAUAACCACUCAGAUGAAUACUCUACUGCUGUGUCUACAUCGCAGCUCAGACAUUUCGUUAUACAGGAAUACUUAUCGAACCCACUUCUAAUAGAUCCAACGGGAAACCAGCAGUCAUUCCACAAGUUCCACUUGAGAGCUUAUGUUUUGUGUGUCGUAGGUGAUAAUUUUGAACAAGUUGUGUCAGGUCGUUUUAACUUGAAAGUACUACAGGGAAGCAUAAAAGUGUACAUGCCAAAGUCUAUCCUAGCAUUAUUUGCAUCUCAGUCUUACAAAAAUCCAGAUGAAGAUCAAAGCCUAUUAUCUCACCUCACAAACUCAUGCUUACAGGGCUCGAAUAUGGAUAGGGAUAAAUUUGUGAAAUCACUGCAAGAGCUAGAGGGGUGUUAUACUAAUAGUGGUACGCAAAUUACGUCUGAUCAGAUAAACAGGUGGUUGGAUAGUGCAUCCAAGGUAAUCGGUCAGGCUGUCAAAGGUGCUGUUGAGUCUGCGUCAGUACACUUCCAGCCUCUGCCUAAUGCAUUUGAGAUAUACGGAGUUGAUUUGUUGGUCACAGAUAAGGAUGAGGUCAAGCUGCUGGAAUUCAACGGAUGUCCUGAUUUCGGACAGACUGGUGAUAGGUUGGCAUGGAUAGUGGAUUAUGUUGUUGAUGCGUCGUUCGAGAGUGCUCUACUGGAACUUCUCGGUCGACAAUCGGCGCAUGAUCAUCAGGAAACUGUCAAAUGUCUAGAUUUUGAGUUUAAGAGAGGCUGGUCUGGAGGUGUUCGCUCUGUCAACCCAUUCGCUCUUCUUUCAGAAGACGGUGACGCUCCACGUGCUUCAGCUCCUGCUCCAGCACCUGCAGCUGCCCCAGCACCAGCACCUGCUCAACAGCAAAAGCCACGUACUCAACAGAAGCCACGCACUCAAAAGGGUGGUAAGGACUCUGGCAGAGAAGACAAUGAGCCAUCAGAGCGUGCCCCUCGUGGUGAGCGUGGUGCUAAGCGUACCCGUCCAGCCAAGACCCCAGGUAACGCAGGUGGUCAACGUAAAGGCCGCCAAUUCGACCGUCAAUCACAAACUGGUCGUACUGACUCCCAGAAGCAAAAGUCUUCUUGGGGUGGUGAAGACGGUCAAAAGGAGCUCGCAACUGAAGAAGCUGGCAAAAAGGAUGCCACUACUGAAGGUGCUGAGACUGUUCCAGGCACUCCUGCUGAACCAAAGGAGCCAGAAGACUCAACCAAGACUUUAGACGAGUACCUCGCUGAGCGUGCUUCAAAGAAGCUUGACAUUGGUGCUCCUCAAGUUCGUAAAGCCAACGAAGGCUCAGACACUGUCACCGGCGUUCAACUUCUCCGUAACUCAAACGAGGAAGAAAACUACUUUGUUGCUCCAAAGACUCAACCAAAGGAGCCAAAGGCAAAGUCACAAAAGUCUGGCAAGGUUCACAUCGAGAUUGAUGGUCAAUUCGCUAAGGCUGAGUCCGAGCGUAGACCAAGAAACACAAACGGUAGAGGUCCUCCUCGCGGUAAAGGCCGUGGUCCUGCACCUGCUGCUGCUGGCAAGCCUCGUGGUGGUCCAAAGGGUGGUAACCGUCAAAACGCUGCUGGUGCUAACGUCAACCUUAACGACGAGAAGGCUUUCCCAACUCUUGCUUAA